CCCCGAUGCGCGCAUCAUGUCGAGGCGCAAGCAGGCGAAACCCCAGCACAUCAACUCGGAGGAAGACCGGGGCGCGCAGCAGCAGCCGAGCCCCGACUUUGCAGAUGCGGCGGCGGGGGAGCCGGGUGCAACGAACCUGCCAGGAAAUGAUGAAGGAGCCAUAGGGGACAAAGCCCCAUUGAAGCGGCCCCGGAGGGAGGAGACUCACAUCUGUGAGAAGUGCUGUGCUGAGUUCUUCAGCCUCUCUGAGUUCGUGGAACACAAGAAAUCUUGCACUAAGAAUCCUCCUGUCCUCAUCAUGAACGACAGUGAGGGGCCGGUGCCUUCAGACGACUUCUCCAGAGCUGUCCUGAGCCACCAGCCACCCAGCCCAAACAGUAAGGACACUCUUAGGGACAGCACUGGCAGCUCCGGAGACUCGAAGGAGAAGCCUGCCACCGAGCCUGUCCUGUACUUGAAGACAGAGCCUGCCUUACCACCCAUCCCCCAGGACAUAAGCUAUUUACCCAAAGGCAAAGUGACCAACACCAAUGUGACUCUGCAGGCACUCCGUGGCACCAAGGUGGCUGUGAACCAGCGGAGUGCGGAGGUCCCUCCGGUGCCAGUGCCCGCUGUCCACAGCAUCCCGUGGGUCCUGGAACAGAUCCUAUGUCUGCAACAGCAGCAGCUACAGCAGAUUCAGCUCACAGAGCAGAUCCGGGUCCAGGUGAACAUGUGGGCCACCCAUGCCCUCCACUCUGGUGUGGCUGGUGCUGACUCUCUGAAGACCUUAAGCAGCCAUGUGUCCCAGCAGGUGUCAGCCGCCGUGGCUCUGCUCAGCCAGAAAGCCACGAGCCCGGCUCUGUCUCUAGAUGCCUUGAAACAAGCCAAGCUACCUCAUACCAAUGUCCCAUCCACAGCCAGCCCGCUGUCCUCAGGAAUGACACCUUUUACCCUGAAGCCCGACGGGCCUCGGGUACUCCCUAACUUCAUGUCUCGCCUCCCAAGCACCCUGCUACCUCAGACCCCGGGCUCUGUGCUCUUCCAGAGCCCUUUCUCUGCUGUGGCAUUAGACCCGUCCAAGAAAGGGAAAGGGAAGCCACCAAACAUCUCAGCCUCAUCGGUGGAUGGCAAGGCCAAGGACGAGGCCACUCUCAGCAAACACAAGUGUAAGUACUGUGGCAAGGUUUUUGGGACUGAUAGCUCCCUGCAGAUCCACCUCCGCUCCCAUACCGGAGAGAGACCCUACGUGUGCUCUGUCUGUGGUCAUCGCUUCACCACCAAGGGCAACCUCAAGGUGCACUUUCACCGACACCCCCAGGUGAAAGCAAACCCCCAGCUGUUUGCUGAAUUCCAGGACAAGGUGGCUCCAGCCCCCGGCCCCCCCUAUGCACUCUCGCUCCCCAUCAUCCCUGUAGAUGAAGCCAGCCUGUCUAUAGACAGCAAACCCGUUCUUGUUGCAGGGACCCCUUCCAUAGUGUCACCUCGGAAUCUCUCUUCCGGGCCUCACGCCAAGGACCUCAUGGGUGACUCCCUGCCCAACGACCUGCAGCCAGGGCCUUCUCCAGAAAGUGAGGUGGGACCCCCACUACCUGGGAUGGGGCCCAUGCAUAAUCCCCCAAGGGUUGGGGCUUUCCAUGGGAGUGGGACCCCCGAGUCAGGGUCAGAGACGCUGAAGUUGCAACAGCUGGUGGAGAACAUUGACAAGGCUACCACCGACCCCAACGAGUGUCUCAUUUGUCACCGAGUCCUCAGCUGCCAGAGCUCUCUCAAGAUGCAUUACCGUACCCACACCGGGGAGAGGCCAUUCCAGUGUAAGAUCUGUGGCCGGGCCUUCUCCACCAAAGGGAACCUGAAGACACACCUCGGGGUUCACCGAACCAGCACAUCCACAAAGACACAGCAUUCCUGCCCCAUCUGUCACAAGAAGUUUACCAACGCAGUCAUGCUCCAGCAGCACAUUCGGAUGCACAUGGGUGGCCAGAUCCCCAACACACCCCUGCCAGAGAGUCCCUGUGACUUCACAGGUCCAGAGCCCAUCGCUGUCAGCGAGAAUGGCAGCGUUGGUCCCGUCUGCCAGGACGACGUGGUCGAUGUCGACCAAGUCUGCUCCCAGGAGGUCCCCAGUGGCCCCUCGAAGGUCUCUGCACCACAUCCCAGCACCCAUUUGGCAUCACCCACUCUGGGCUUCUCUGUGGUGGCUUCUCUAGAUGUGGCAGGAAAAGGGGGUCCUACCUCUUUGGGCCUGCAGCGGCAGAGCAGCCGAGAGAACGGCUCAGUGGAGAGCGACGGCCUGACUAACGACUCAUCUUCACUCCUGGGGGACCAGGAAUAUCAGAGCCGAAGCCCGGAAGUCAUGGAGACUAUGUCCUUCCAGGCAGUUUCCCCCGCCACUAGCCAAGCAGAAAGUGUCAAGUCUCCAUCUCCCGAGGGGAGCAAGGCCCAGGGUCCUGAGAGCAGCCGCUCUGAGAUGGAAGGUCGCACCAGUCUCCCAUCAACGUUUAUCCGAGCACAGCCUACCUAUGUCAAAGUUGAAGUUCCCGGCACGUUUGUCGGACCCUCCACCAUGUCCCCAGGCAUGACACCUUUGCUAACAGCCCAGCCACGCCGACAGGCCAAGCAACACUGCUGUACACGGUGUGGGAAAAACUUCUCCUCGGCCAGUGCCCUUCAGAUCCACGAGCGGACACAUACGGGAGAGAAACCAUUCGUAUGCAACAUCUGUGGCCGAGCUUUUACCACCAAGGGCAACCUGAAGGUUCACUACAUGACACAUGGUGCCAACAAUAACUCUGCCCGCCGGGGAAGGAAGCUGGCUAUUGAAAACACCAUGGCUCUGUUGAGUGCAGAUGGAAAGAGAGUCUCUGAGAUGUUUCCCAAGGAACUCCUGUCCCCGGCCUCUGUGGGUGUGGACCCUGCUGUGUGGAGCCAGUACACUGGUGUUCUCAAUGGAGGCCUCGCCAUGAAGACCAAUGAGAUCUCGGUGAUCCAGAGCGGGGGCAUCCCCACCCUUCCCGUGUCCCUGGGAGCCAGCUCCGUGGUCAGCAGUUCUACCAUCUCCAAGAUAGACGGUUCCCAAUCAGGCAUCAGUGGUGAUGUGGAAAAGCCGGGAGUACCGGAUGGUGUGUCCAAACACCAGUUCCCUCACUUCCUGGAAGAAAACAAGAUCGCUGUCAGCUAAGAUGGAGGAGAUGCAAGAAGUGGGAUCCUCAUCUCAGUUUUUACCCCAUCUCCUGCUUUAGUUCUCUCUUCCUGGUAUGAAAUGAUGUUUACACCUGUGACCACAGCCUUGGGCAGUCCUACAAUCAUGAUUCUUGCUAUGCUGCUUUGCCAAAAAUGAAAGCCAAAAAAGAGGAAAAUU